AAUUCUCAACGUCAGUAAGACAGUUAACCACAAUGAAAAUUUCAAGUAAAAACCUGGCACUUAUUAAAAUUACAGUGAACAAUUGCUAAAAUAUGAAUACGCAAAAAAAUCAUAGAAAAAUCCAACUACACAAAGAUCGAGGAGACACGAUGCGACGAAACAAAAGGGAGCUUCACUCGACCGGACCUCGCGAUCGAGGUGACGUUAAGAAAUGUCCCAAGAAAGUAUCUAAGCGAGAACUAUUUAAAACAACGAAAGCAGAGAGUAUGCAAACGGAUUUCGUGUCUCGUUCAACGAAUACGCUUGCGGAGUCUUUGCCUCUUAGUACUGAGAAGCGAACUAUAAGCGAAGAUGUGAGUGUGGAAGAAACUUUGAAUUUUCGGAAGAGAGUUAAGGACCGAUACACGUUUAAGCGGCAUCAGGUGUUGAAGAACGAAGAUACGAGUCAAUCCAAUUGUGCAAUGCAACGGGAUGACAAAUAUGAUCCGUCGAAGCAUCAUUUUCAGUAUGUCGAAAAACAAAAAUCAAAAGAUUCUCGAGAUGCCAAAAAGUUAGAUAGAACUUCAGUGCAUAGAGCCGUCAGCGCUAUAAAAUUGAAACGCUCGUCUAAGCUCGACGAUUUGUCGGAGCGCAAGAAAUCGCAUACAGAAACAGAGAAAAAUAACAAUAGAAAAUCUAAGCCGGCGAUAAAAACUCUUACGUCGAAAAUGGACGCGCGCGUACACAAAGCGGUUACCUUCGUCGAGCUGAACGCUCGAAAACCGCAAGUAAAAAUACCAAAUUACCCUAAACCAAACUCAAAAAUACCUGUGAUUGUUGUAAAAAAUAGUAAAACGCCUCAAAGCACAAAGCGGUUUCGUAAAACAGUGCGGCAGGCUUCACCGACUUUUAAAAGCGCGGAAUCCAUGCCUACCGAGAUAGCGAAGUGGGUACCGGAGUCUGUUGACGCACAUACGAGGCCUUAUUACGACGCUUGGGUGAGUAAGACGGCCACGGCCUCUACGAAGUUGUUGAAGGAAGCUAAUGUAGACAGGGCCAAACUUCUUCGAAGGUUAGAAUUGGAGAUAAGGAGAUCACCGGAGCUUCUGUAUAGAAAGUUUGCGGAGGAAGAGUAUGCGGGGAGGAUACGGGUUAAGAGGCGCGGGGAAAAGUGAUGUCCUGUCAUUGUGCUGUUUUGUGGAAAUAAGAGACGUUUUUAU